AUGGAAAGGCCUGACAGACGACAAGAGAGGGAUGUCAAUGAACUGUUGGCAAAUGGAUUCUUCCGAACCUCUAGAGCAAGAAGUCCUUCGCCCUAUAGCUAUAGAAGAAGAACUCCCAGCCCUCCUCCACAAAACAAUUAUGCAUCUAACUUCCUGAGCACCUCCGAUCGUGAUGCUGGACGUGCAAGAAGCAGAAGCCGUGUUCGACAUAGAGGACCACCUCCACCGAGACCAACAGUAGAAGAUGAGGUCAUUUCUCUAUCACGAGAAUCUGCACCAUCUUCUGUUUCCUCAUACGAUCCUCCCUGUCGUGGUGUUAUCGAUCAAUAUCCUAUCAUACUCGAGUCCGAUGUCAGUGAGAGUGAGGCUGAGAGAUUACAUGCUGCGCCAAGACCAAAAGAAUCGAGGGACUGUGAUGACAAUUCCGAACGACGUUUUGUUCUUGUACCAGGAACCGAUACAAGCUCAAACAAUGAACCAGCCAAUCAAUAUAGAAAUGAAGAUAGGCAACCCAGAGGCAGACCGGAACAAGCUAGAUCAGAACGCCAAUCCGCACCGAAUGGGGACGAACAUGAGAAGAACAAAAUCAACAAUGAGCCAGCGCUAAAGCCCCCUCCAUUGGAAAGAAGAAGAAGUAGACAAGAAUUGCCAAGUAUACAGACAAAAGUCCCUCGAGAUAUCCCGUCCAAAUACCGAAGGAGUGCGUCUGCAUAUGGUUCCAGGGAUAAUGACGAAACUCCAAAAGCCCAAGAUGUUCCUCAUACUUCGACUGGCGAAUACUUCCUCUCUCCUAAUAUGAUGCACACUCCUAGGGGCCAGAAAGAUUCUUUCGAGUCCGUUGCGCAGCCCGUCCCUCGACACAAUUCAUUACAGGAGAACUCGAGAAAACGCGGCAAUUCUAUAAAUGAGAAAAGAAAUAGUGAAAGCAACUUUCCUAAUAGUAUAUCGCGAUCGGGAACACCACUCGCAGCAAAGAGGAACAGUGGAAACUUUGAGGUUCCUUCAAGAUCAAGGCGCAACUCAAACGACAGAACUGUAGAAUCACAGCCCACACCUGAAGACGUAAAACGAUUCGAGAGACUAAGAUCUGGCAAGUCGGAGCGAGGAUCUGGAUCAGAACGUGCACGCUCUCCUAAAAGAUCGGCUACUUCCAACUUGCAGUAUUGUAGCAGCAGUGAAGAUGAUCUCGCAGACAGUGGUUCCGAACGAGAUCCUCAACGAGGUUCUGGGCGUAGACGGCGUGAACACCGCAGGACUAAGGAUUUAAGGCCAGAAGAUGACUAUGAGUGUCGGGUAGACUCGCCAAGGUCUAAUAGGUCAUCAAAUCACUCUAAGAUUUCAUCUCCACUUCCUUCUCCAAAGAUUUCUCCCAAUCAAUUACCUAGGACAGAGCCAUUUGAAAGAGCAGAGACGUUUCCACAAGGUCGCAGACCUUGUUCAAGACCCAUUUCUCCUUUAUAUGGCUCACAAGAGAUUUACCGUUCGGAGAGACUUAAUCCUUUGAGCCCAGGUUUAGUCCCAAGACCAUCUUCUCGUCAGUCAAGUGUUCCAGGCUCAAUUUCAACGCCACAGAUGCAACAGAUUCCGGCCCCCUUCCCUCUUCCAAUUCCUGUUCCAACUAGAAUUGACUUGCACUCCCCAGGUGAAACUCGACGCACACCAACAGUGCCUCAGUAUCAGGAAGAUCGGCCACCUAGCACACGACCAGCUCCCAACGAUAAAUCCUAUUGGCAACCUCCAACCUUUCAACCUCCUCAGACCCCUUCAAAUAAACUAGAGAGGCCUGUCGGUAGCUAUCGUCGUUAUUCGGAAGAUGUAGGACGAGGUGGCGUUGCGCCACUUCCAUCGUGCCCGAGAAUGAAUCCUACCACUGGCUACCAAGACUGGUUGACGCUUCCUCAGUGCCCCAACUUCGACAUUUGUCCAAGUUGCUUCAACUCGAUCAUAGCACCAACAGGAUUUAGAGACCACUUUAUACCCGCUGCUCGCAGACCAGACAUUGCAAUCAUAUGCGAUUUUGGAAGUUCGCCCUGGUAUCGAAUAGCAUGGCUUUUAACACUUAAGGAGCGAAGAAACGAUCUCGGUCUCUUCUAUGGUCUUGCGAAUGUGGGGGCGGUCGAGGCACCCUGUCCUGGAAAACGCGAAGUGUUCAACAGAUCAUGGAACUCAAUAAUCGACCCCAAGACAGGUUUACCAAUCAAAAACUUUGAUGUUUGUCACUCAUGCGUUAGAUCGGUCGAAAUACUCCUUCCUCCUAUCCGUGGUGCAUUUAUUCGUACCAUUGAAACAGAUUAUUCUAGCUCCAUUCCCCGCAUAUGCGACCUUCGUUUUGACAGUAAACGCUUCGUUCAAUAUUUCGAUGCUCUAGAAACUACUGCAGAUGAUGCCGCAUACCACAACUCUUCCCCCGACACCCGCACCCUCGCUAAACUCGCACGUAAAUUUUCCAUUCUAGAAGAAUGUCAACAAGCUACCGAUCUCCCUGAUCGCCGCUGGUACAUGAUCACUCAAUUGCCCGAAUUUACCGUCUGCGAAGAAUGUUUUGACGAUGUUAUUCUCCCGGAACUAGAAGAUGGAAAGGCAAUCCCACUUAUGUUCAAUAAAACUCCACAGCGAAUACAAAAGGCUAGUUGUCAAUUGUAUUCUCCGAGAAUGAGAGUCAUUUUUCAAAAAGCUUGUAACUCGGAUGAUUAUAUGCUUUUGGCUACUAAGGCGAGAGAGAGAAGAAAUGCAGAGUUGGCCUGGAAGGUUAAUGUAGCGGCUACCAAGAGGCAGAGUAGAGAGAGUAUGGUUGCGAAUCCAGGAAUAGGGAGAGAGAUUCAGAGAUUGAAUGAUGAGUGGAGGAAAUGGGAAUAA